CUGUUCCUCCGGUUACUCUUCUCUCUACCAUGGUUGCGCUUCCAGAUCCUUCCCACCGAUUGUUCUCCACCGCCUUAUCUCAUGUAUUUGUUUUUUUUUUCUCACUGCCUCCAUCGGAUGCUGAUACGCUCUCCACCGGUUUAGCUGCCGGCUCCAAUACCGCCUGUUUGGAGCCGGAGUUGCUUGAGACUCGCCGCCUAUCCCUUUCUCGACUUCCACCUAUCCCUUUCUCGACUUCGAUCAGAGGCAAUUUUAGACAGCGAUUAUGUCAAAUUUCAGCAUACAGUGGUGUUUAUGGAACAUUUAUGUAUACCUCGAUGACCCGACCUACUUCGUCGCCGUCGCGGUCCCCAACGCUACAACUUUGGUUCUAAAAUUUGUCCAUGGUCGAUAGAUAAUCUUUAUGUAAACCUUUCUCAUGGUAUUGUUCAUGUGAAUGGCAUAAGUGAAAGGAAUAAAACUAUCCUCUCGGAAUCAGCUCCAUGUUGAUUUUCAGAAUGCUCUUUGAAACAAGGUUGUAACUGUCCUUUGGUGAGCUGGUGAAACUUUACUUACUGUGACUGAAUCUGUGACAUGUGUUUAUGCAGGCAUUCUUUUGUCAUGAGAAGAUUAAGAGGCAAAUUGAUGAUAUCCAAACAAGGUUGGAGGUUAGACGAUUUUUAUGACCUUUGACUCUUUUUAAGCGUCUUGACUUGUACAAUUUCUUAAGAUAUGCAAUCAGGUAUAGCUAAUUAGCUACAUGUAAGGGCAGAUUGGUAAAGAAAGUCAACCUACUAAAGUAUCUAAUCUGAUGCCAUAAGAAACUUUUUGCAGUAUUCUUUCAGGUCAGGGAUGAAAGGAGAUGACAGAAAAGGAAUGGAUAGGAUUCACUUGAUUUAAUCAGGUUAAGGUGAUGAAUAAUGGAUAGGGAGAAACAAUGUAAUAAAGAGUCUCUCCAUAGGUUGUUGAUGCUUUAUGGUUAGUAGUUGUAUCUAAGUUACGACUAUUAUCCGUUUGUAAAUAGGUGAAAUGUAGGGAGAAUAGAAACAUACUUUACUGCAGCUACCAAUUGAGGCAAUGUACAAUACUUUCACACAAAAAGCGACACGUUCCAACCCCCGCAACGCGCGGGACACUCAUCUAGU